UCAAAGGCCUGGAUCAACCUGUUCCAACAAAGGCGCUGCUGAAUGCUGAUUGGCGGAUUAGCUUAAUCAAAUCCUGAAUCCGAUACAGAGAAAAAACAAGUAGAGGUUUUUAGCAGGCAGAUUUCAAUGGCAGAAUCAAAACCAGACCCAACAAGGUCCCCAUCAGAAAAAGAUGUGAAAUCUCCAAAUAUAUUUGAAAGAGCCAAGGAAGAGAUUGAGUCAAUAAUUCACAUUCCACGCCAUCAUAAAGAAACGCAUGGAACAAGUGAUGACAUUGAUGAGAAUACCCCUACCGGUGAAGUCAGAGGACCAGGUGUAUUUGAACGAGUGAAGGAAGAGAUUGAGGCCCUUGUUGAAGCAAUUCAUUCUAAGAAGGAUGAGAAUCACAAGUAAUCUUCCUAGAGAGGAAAUGAAGUAGGUUUGUGAAAAUAUGAUUUUUGUGGGAUUCAAUGGUGGAAGUUGUUGAUGUAUUCUUGAUGAUUUUCAAUUGCUUUGAUAUGUGUGUCUGCUGCAGUUAGUUAUUUAGAUGAACUUGGACAUGACAUCUUGUAUCAUUGUUGCGUAGUUUGCUUUGAAAUUGAAAAACUUAUUUCACUUUU